AAAAAUUAAGCUUGUUUGGUACUCUUAAGGUUCACUAAGAUUCUGAACAUGUCUUUGUAAUUAAUGAGUUUUGGUUUGUCAUUAAGCGAUAUUAGUAUAAAUAGUCUGUGUUGGGACUAAUGCAGCAUCAGUCUCGCAUCAGUUGUUGAGAAAAUAACUAAAAAUGUUCACUAAAGUGUUGCUCGUCUGCGCCGUCGCCGCUGUAGCUGCGGGCAUCGAGUACCCACCGGGUAUUAACCCGGUCCUCUGCCCGAACUACCCAAACUGCGACAUGGAGCUGCUGGCGCGCUACGCCCCGCAGCCCCUCCCCAUCCCUGAGUACGAGCUCCCGUACGCUCGGAUGGUAUAUGCUGCUCCUUCUCCUGUUGCUGCCCCAAUUCCUGCCCCUGUUCCUGUUCCUGUCGCUGCUCCUAUUACUGAAGAGCCCGCCGCUCCGCUGUAUCCCGCCGACGUCGACCCUGCUUCGUGCCCGAACUACCCGUACUGCGCGUAAUUCUACUACAUUACAUUUUUAGCCCUUACUAAAGAUCAGUUUUAUUUUAUUUUGAAGACUCACAUAGUAGACGAAGAAAAUUUUAUUAAAAUAAAUAAUAAUCAAAUAUUAGCUGUAAAAACCGGCCAAGAGCAUGUCGGGCCAUGCUCAGAGUAGGGUUCCGUAGUUACUCUUCCGUCACAAUAAGCUAAAUUGGAGCUUAAAGUAUGGUAGAUUGUUAACCAAGGGAUGAACUGUGGGUGUACGUCUUUUUACUAUGAAGGGGAAACUUUUUGCGAUAACUCAAAAACAGCUAAACUGAUCAUAUCCGCUAUAGUUUUCAUUUAAUGUCUUUCUUAAGCUCUACUUCCAAGAUUUUUGUCAUAUUUUUUGGACCUAUGGUUCAAAAGUUAGAGGGGGGGGGGCACAUUUUUUUUCUUUCGGAGCGAUUAUCUCAGAAAAUAUUCACUUUAUCAAAAAAUGUUUUUUGAAACCCCUAUUAGUUUUGAAAGACCUUUCCAACGAUAUCCCACAUUGUAGGGUUGAAGCAAAAAAAUUGUUCAUCCCCACUUUACGUGUAGGGGAGGUACCCUAAAAAAAUUAAAUUUUUAGAUUUUAUUGUACGACUUUGUCGGCUUUAUUGAUUUAUAUAUCCAUGCCAAAUUUCAGCUUUCUAGCACUAACGACCACGGAGCAAAGCCUCGGACAGACAGACAGACAGACAGACAGACGGACAUGGCGAAACUAUAAGGGUUCCUAGUUGACUACGGAACCCUAAAAAAUUACAAGUUGAAAAGUAACAAAAACAAAACAAAGAGAAACAGCAUCGGAAGUAGAGGUAAACAACAGACGGUCUUAUCACCAAAAAGCGAUCUCUUCCAGACAAUCUUUAGCUACUACAUAACAAUAUAAGUUGAGAAUGCAUAAAAUUGGUAUAAAAAAUAAAAUGACAGAAAAUCAA